GGAAACUUGAAGAAAUUAUUGAUUUGUAAGAUAUAACGCAAUUUCCACGAUGUUUUGCAUACUAUAUGUAUGCCUAAUACUGUGAGCAAGUGUCUAUUUAAAACGGUCAACAACACCCAGUGCCUUGCUGCAAACCUCCCAUGAAUACCACAGCAGAGCCUCACACAAUCCUACCAUCCAUCUACUGCAAUAAACCCCAGCCAAAUCUUCAUUAUGGGUAACGAUUUGAUUUUGAUAACCGGUGCUUCCGGUAUGAUUGGCUUUAGAACGCUUGUUGACGUUCUUGAAGCUGGCUACCAAGUCCGCGCUGCGGUACGAAACGAGGACAGCUUUGCGAAGAUUUCGUCGCUCCCAUCAGUCCAGCCGUAUCUUUCACAGCUCAGCAGUAUCAUUGUCCCUGAUAUCACCAUUCCCGGCGCAUAUGAUGAAGCUGUUCAAGGAGCAAAGUACAUCAUACAUGUCGCGUCUCCUCUGGCUGGCAACACUGCCGGAGACGACUAUGAAAGUACAAUCAUUCAACCAGCUAUCCAGGGCACUCUUGGCAUCUUACAGUCUUCUCUAAAGUCAUCAACUGUGAAGAGAAUAGUCAUCACAGCCAGUGUUGCAUCCAUUGCCAGUGGCCCACGCCCAGACCCAACAGAGCCCAUCAACGGUGAGAAUGCUGGACUGCGUUUAUUUGAUCCAGCAAUAAAACAUGCUAAUACUUUAUUAGAACACACUACUACUGUGAUCCCAACAGCCCCUUUUGCCAACCAAAUGGUAGCCUACACUUCAUCAAAAGCACUGUCACACCAAGCGACGAACACCUUCAUUGCCGACAACAAGCCCGCCUUUGAUGUAAUUAAUAUUUUACCAACCUUUGUCAUCGGGCGUGAUGAGACAGUGACCGAUGCCAAGAAUAUCGGCAAAGGCACUAACGGACUGCUUAUGCGGCCUCUGUUAGGCCUGGUUGAGGAGUACCCUCAACACAACGCUACGGUGCACGUCGACGAUGUCGCUCGAAUGCAUCUUGCUGCAUUGGACCCCAAAAUCGCAGGUGGUCAGGACUUUCUUGCCGCUGGUCCGGAUUUCGGUGUUACAAACUGGGCUGAAUCAUUGGAGUUAAUCAAGAAGCGCUAUCCCAAGGCUCACGCGGAUGGACUGUUCAACUCCAACGCCAUUGCAAAGCCAGCUCCCACUAUAACCAAGGUGGAUAGUGGAAAAGCUAGCUCAGAGCUCGGGAUCAAGUUCAAGACUAGCGAGGAGCAGGUUAUUUCUGUAGUUGAACAUUACCUAGAAUUAGUUGGUCACAAGUAGUUACUUACACAAUACAAUUACCUGCAUAC